AUGCUUCUUACAACAACAGGUAUCCGACUUGUUGGGGGACGUUCCACCUCAUUUCAAGGCAGAGUUGAGGUGUUCCAUGCCGGCCAAUGGGGGACCGUCUGUGACAACAGUUGGGGGCUGAGUGACGCCCAUGUGGUCUGUCGUCAGCUGGGAUAUCCCGGUGCAAAAGCAGCUCUUGGAUCAGCAGCUUUCGGGCGGGGGUCUGGGCCGAUCUGGCUGGACAAAGUAACCUGCGAUGGUUCUGAGGCAACCAUUUCUGACUGUGGACACAACGGUUGGGGGACACAUGACUGUGGACACGGAGACGAUGCCGGAGUUGUUUGUGAACAACAAGGUAUCCGACUUGUUGGCGGAGGUUUCACCUCAUCUCAAGGCAGAGUUGAGGUGUUCCAUGCCGGCCAAUGGGGGACGGUCUGUGACAACAGUUGGGGGCUGAGUGACGCCCAUGUGGUCUGUCGUCAGCUGGGAUAUCCCGGUGCAAAAGCAGCUCUUGGAUCAGCAGCUUUCGGGCGGGGGUCUGGGCCGAUAUGGCUGGACGAAGUAACCUGCGACGGUUUUGAGGCAACCAUUUCUGACUGUGGACACAACGGUUGGGGGACACAUGACUGUGGACACGGAGACGAUGCCGGAGUUGUUUGUGAACGAGGUAUCCGACUUGUUGGCGGAGGUUCCACCUCAUCUCAAGGCAGAGUUGAGGUGUUCCAUGCCGGCCAAUGGGGGACGGUCUGUGACAACAGUUGGGGGCUGAGUGACGCCCAUGUGGUCUGUCGUCAGCUGGGAUAUCCCGGUGCAAAAGCAGCUCUUGGAUCAGCAGCUUUCGGGCGGGGGUCUGGGCCGAUCUGGCUGGACGAAGUAACCUGCGAUGGUUCCGAGGCAACCAUUUCUGACUGUGGACACAACGGUUGGGGGAUACAUGACUGUGGACACGGAGAAGAUGCCGGAGUUGAUUGUGAACAAGGUAUGCCCGAAAACAAUUCAAACUCUACUACUUGA